AUGCCAUUGGAGGACAUAUUAAGGAAAGCCAACACGGAGCAGACUUACGAUACGCUUCUGCUGCUGAGCCAUAGCAGGGAGUCGGAGUGCAUGCUGCAUAGAUUAUCUGCAGGAAUUGUGCCAGUGCUGCAGUUUAAUGAGGACGCAAGUUACUAUUUAAGCGGCAGCUUCAACAGUGAAAUGCUGGCUGUGGUGUGCAUCAGCAAAAACGAGAAACUGAACGAGGAGUUGUGGAGUGGGUUGGCCAGGAAUUUGCAUAACAUGCGACGAACACGCGUCGUGUUGAUUUUGCCAGAAGGAGGACUCAAGGAUCCCCUACAACAAAUUGCUAAAAUGUCGAGGCGACACAAAAUUCUGCGUGUUGUGGUUCUGUGGCAACCGGCCGCAGGCAAUGAAACCUGCACUCUUCAACGAUUGCAUCCCUUUCCCAAAGAGCACUUUGUUCAGUUGCCUUGCAUCGGCAGCGACCCAAUGUUUAUCAAAAUUGACAACUACUAUGGAAAGUCGGUGUACACCAUGCCCGAUCAAAUAGUGUCUCGCUCCUUUGUCUAUAAGGAUCCUAAAACGGGAAAGCACCUACUGAGCGGCUAUAUAGCCAAACUCUUUCUGGAAUUUAUACGCUGGCACAAUCUCACCCUCAAGUGGCAAUCUCCAGAUUUGCUGGGGAAAAAGAUUCCGCUUAUCGCGCUGCGUAAUCUAACACUUAAUGGCAUUCUCGAUAUGCCCAUCAGUCUGAGUGGUUUCCAGCUACCGAGCGCCAUCGGCGUAUUCUCAUAUCCGUUUGAGGUCUCCAAAUGGUUCGUCAUGGUACCUUGUCCCAGGGAAAUAACCACCGCCGGUAUUUAUCUGAUGGUAGCCAGUUCAGGAAUUCUGGUUAUAGUAGUAGGCUUCUAUUUUAUAUUUUCCCUGCUGGACACAAUCUUCGGCUGUGUGUUGCUGCAUCGCAGAUUGGACUGGAGCAGUUUGCUCUUCAAUGAGCGCGUCAUAUCGGACAUUAUGGGCCAGUCCCUUCUUAUGCGAGCCCACAAUCAUCUUAGCUCACGAGUCGCUAAUGCUCAGCUCUUCCUGCUCGGUCUCCUAGUGAGCACUCUCUUUGCGGCCUUCCUUAAGACGCUGCUCACAAAACAUCCGACAGAGCCGGCAAUUGAGAAUUUCCAACAACUCCGAGAUGCACCGAUUCACAUCUACUUUGACGAGACCGAACGCUUCUACUUCGACUCUUUCAGCGGCUAUCGACCGGUGGAUCAGAUCAGAGACCGCAUUGAGUAUCUCAAUUCGAAUCUGUUCUAUAGCAUGCGCAGUGACUUGAAUCAGUCCAAUGCGUUUUCCAUAAGCUACUCGGAAUGGGUUAUCAUAGCCAAGCGCCAACAACUUUUUACACGCCCCGCCAUGUGUUAUACGCAUGAGCUAAUAUUUGGCCAUCAUUUACUCAUGUCUAUAGCCAUGGAAGCGAACUCGAUUUACGAACAGAAUCUAAACCGACUAAUACAUCAAGUCCACUCAUCAGGUCUAACGCGCUUUUGGAGGGACCAAACAGUUCGGGAUUUGGUCUCUGUAGGUCUCAUUUCCCUCCAUGAGCCCAAUCCGAUCGUUGCCUUCCACGAACUUAAGUGUGAAUCCUAUGAUAAGUCUUUUGUGGGCUUCAAGGAAUGCAAACUCAAGGUAAUAGGACGUGGCAUCGUAGGACUCUAUUUACACGCAGAACUCUUCCAGUUGCCCGUUACUAAUGUCACUCUUAAUUUGAGCUUAUGGCGCAAAUAUAAUGGGUAUCGCCCCUUUUUGUACAAUAAAACGGUCGAUGUUUGUCAGUUUAGUGCGAAACGAAAUCCGGGCCCGUCGUUUGUCAAAGUCUUUUUCGAUAUGCUAUUGGAAAAUUCAAAUAUUAAUCACACUUGUCCCUACGAUCACGACAUCAUUGUAGAACGCAUGGUUUUUCUGGAUAAGUACCUAAAACUAAUGCCAUUACCUGCUGGCGAAUAUAAAUUUCAAAUCAAACUUGCCGCCUACAACGAUUGGAAGGCGGAUGUCAAUGCUUUUAUAUUGCGCACUGAGUAA